AUGGGACACAAACGCGCAAGUGGAGGGCUUGACGAACUACGGUAUGCGACCUCAUACGUCGCAGACCUACGUCGUCCGUUCGUCGCUCGUCGCCUGAGCGACGGAGUGGCGCAGCCAGCCGCGGCGAGCCCGCCGGGCGAUGUGAAGCUCGCACCCUCGCAAUUGGCGGCGCUGGUGGCGCUGACGGGGUGGGAAGCGGUGGAGAUGUGCUCCCAGUGGAUGGGCGUCACGUGCGACGGGCAAGGCAUGGUCACCAAGAUAGAGUUCCAAGAGCUCAUCUCUGCGGGCACCCUCACCCCGCCUGGACGCCUGCCCGCUGACAUUGCUGCCUUCACUGCCCUCCAAGUCCUGAACCUGGCCGGCCAGAACCUCUCGGGCCCCAUCCCCAUGGACGCAUUCCGCAACCUCGCUGCUCUCCAGGAACUCGAUCUCUCCUCCAACCCUUUGACCGGCAGCCUCGAGUUUCUUUGCUUCCUGCCGUUCCUGCAAUACCUCGAUCUGCACGGCACUGGGCUGACUGGGGAGAUCCCCACUGCGCUCGGCAAAGCCACCGCCCUCUCAUACCUCUCCCUCGCAUACAUCAACCUCACUACAGCAGAGCUCCCUGCCUCUCUCUCCGCCCUCACCAAUCUCGCCCACCUUGACCUGAGCUAUCUCAAGGUCACCAGCGUGCCAUCGUGGAUUGCACGACUCCCCCACCUGCAGUUCCUGGAUGUGACAGCACCCGACGGCCUCACCCCUGCCCGCUCCUCGCCCUUUCCAGCCGAGUGGACAGCUCUCACCAGCCUGAACACCCUGAGGGCAGCGGGUAACGGCCUCUCAGGCUCCCUCCCCGCCACCAUCUCCGCCCUCACUGGCCUCUCAGAGCUGGAUCUCUCCCAUAACGCCCUGGUUGGCUCGCUGCCUUUGCUGCCCUCGUCUCUGAUUCUCCUCUCGUUGAACCACAACGCCCUGGAGGGCCCCUUCUCCGCCUCUCCUGCUGCCCCGCAACUCCUGGAGGUCAUGCAACUGAGCCACAACCGUUUCACAUGGCCCACUCCAGCAUCACUCUCAGGCCUCGCUGCCCUUGUCAUUCUGGAUGUGAGCUACAACGAUCUGUCAGGGCCCAUCCCACCAUCCUUGACAAACCUUUCUGCGCUCGUCAAUGUGGACAUCAGCCACAACGCUCUCUCUGGUGGCCUAGAUGUGCUUGCACGCAUGACCAACAUCUCCACGCUCAACAUCGGGUCGUGCAACUUGUCAGGCGCCUUCCCUACUCCCCUCGCACAGCUCGCACUCGCCGACCUCGACAUAUCCAACAACAGCUUCACGGGGCCCUUCCCCUCCGCCAUGCUAUCUGCACCGCAAUACAAGAGGCUCAAUCUAUCAGCCAACAACUUCUCGGGUCCACUGCCCGCACAGCUCACAUCGCUCUCAACACUCAACAGCCUUGACAUCUCUCACAAUCACUUCACUGGAGUAGUGUCCCCUGCCGUCUUCACCCUGCCUUCGCUAACAGCCCUGUAA